AUAGUCUAGACCUUAUAGAUUGUAUACAUGUAUUGGAAUCCAUCAUCUGCACUUGUUUGGUACUUUAAAUGUGAAAAGAGACAGCAGACAGUGGUAUUUUCUGAAGGAGAUUAUAGUUUUGAGGAUCCAAAUUUGCACUAGUCUCCAAAUCUGUUGUUGGCUUAUGUCAAAUCAUGUGUGAAUCUUAUUCUUUUUCGUAUCUGUGUCUUUAGGAACGCAUUUGGUCAAUCCUUUGGUACAAUAUGUGUAUCAGGACUUCUCAUCUGCAUUGUUCGUGUGGUCCGGGCAAUUGUGGACAAUGCAAGAGAAGAGAACCCACAAGGGAUAGUGAACAUGGUUCUCCUUUGCUGCGCAAACGCCUUACUUGGAGCCCUUGACAAUCUCAACAAGUUCACCAUCGAAUUUGCUGCAAUAACAGGGGAAGCCUAUUGCACCUCUGCAAAAAUGACUUACGAGCUCUUAAGACGCAACCUACUGUCAGCUGAAUUUGUCGAAACGGUUUCCACCAGAAUCCUAACCGGAAUAGUCUUUGUCCUCUCAGCCGCAUAUGCAGUCGCGACAUGGGGUGUUCUGAGAGGAGUGAGCAACCUGGGUAUAGAUUCGUAUGUGGUGGCUAUACUCGCGUGGCUGUUACUGAUUGAGGAUGUGAUUGACACAAUCUAUGUCUGUUAUGCGAUUGAUCGAGACAAAGGGGAUAUUUGUUAGCAGGAAGUUCACGAAGUUUAUGUUCACAAGAUCUUCUCUCAUCCCAAAUGCUCUUAAUGCAGGAAAAAAGAUACCGAGCUACACGAAGUAUAACGAAAUACAUGGCUAUACAUGCCAAGUUUAGAAAUGUACAAUCAACUACACGAACUAAAUAUAUUGCAUGCCCACAUAUACCAACUAUAUGAUGACAUGUGAUCAACAUCACGAACA